CAAAAUCUCCUUCACUUCACUUUUUUUUUAUCGGGCAGCAAUGACCGCGAUCCUUCUGGACACCUCAUGGCUCUGUAAUGGGCGCGGCUCUGAAGGAUGGGGACCAGUGAGUCCAGAUCGCAUGGACUUCACCCUUUGCUUCGAAUACAGCCUGUUCUACACUGCAUCAGCCUCUGUGGCUCUUCUUCUGUCCGCUAGCCGAAUAUACUACCUUCGCACAUCAUGUCAAGCACAUGGUCUCGGUUGUACAGCCUGGAUCUACUGGCCUACACAGGGACUCAUUGCCCUUGCUAGCAUUUCCAUGUUGAUCCAAGCAACCUUCUUAAUUCGGUCUGCUGACUCGAUACCAAUGCAAAGCAUAGGGUCAUGGAUUAUGGGCCUAACAUGGUUGCAAGCCUUAGUCCUCAAUCAUAAUGAGCAUAAAUACACCAUCCGAUCUUCCAAUUUGCUAUUUGUCUUUUUUAUAAUCUCCAUCGUGGCGACUGUGAUUACGCUGCAUACACUUUUUGAUCUAAGCAUGAAUGAGCAACCAGAGUUCAAAUCCGGUCUUUUAUUCUUGAUCUCUCUGGUACUCGGGUUUGUGGUGGAGGCAUGGCCUCGUGGAUCCACACAUGUGCAGCGGCUGAGUAAUGCACAGGCAUGGGACAAGGCCAACUUCUUCUCGCAGAUUAGUUUUUGGUUUUUCCAGCCCAUUAUCGACUUGGCAGCCAAGCAGCAGAUGCUCCGUCCAACAGAUAUUGUAAACACCCUCCCUGAGGAUCACAAGGCACAGCCGAGCUAUAUCCGUCUUUCUACUUGCUGGAAUACAAGACUACAGUGGUACCAGGAUAAGGUGCACCAACUUGAAAGUAGCAAUAUUUCGGGUGAAAUCAAGAAAAAAGUGAAGCCACCAUCACUCCUAACCACGAUUUUGAUUGCAAACUGGAGAAGACUUGUUCCUAUUGUCAUCGUCAGGAUCAUUCUCCCAUUUACAGCAUACGCGGCUCCGCUAUUGCUUGGCCUCUUAUUGGAUUAUAUUGGUGACGGACCUGACCAUGAUAUUCGUUCAUCCAAUCAACGCGAGGAUAAGCUGUUGGGAACAGCUCCAUCACAUUCGUUGUUGUCGUUAUCGUUGCCUGGGCGCAAUGUUGAGGAGAAGCCGCUCCUCUACGGCCUUAUACUUGCAUCUCUCAUGGUUGUGGAACGUGUGGUUAUGAUGGGGUUAUACUCGAUCUGCUUAAAAGAUAACCUUCUCUUAAGUACUGAAGUCAAGUCCGCAUUGGUAGCUAUGAUUUAUCGCAAGGCACUAAGGCUCUCACCUGAUGCUAGACGCAAGUCAUCCACUGGUGCAAUCACCAACCAUAUGUCCGUUGACGCCAGAACGUGGGGAGAUGGCAUUGAACUGCUCUCUGCCUGGAUAUCCAUCCCAUUUGACAUUGGAAUUUGCUUAUUCCUGCUAUACCGCCUCCUUGGAUGGAGCUUCUUAGCCGGGGUGUUCACGAUCCUUGCUUUGAUUCCGCUGCAACUUUGGCGUGGCAGCGUUUACGAAGGUCUAGAAGAAGAGCGUCUCCAAACUACGGACGAACGUGUUCGACUUACAUCGGAAGUUCUCUCCAAUAGCAAGAUUGUGAAGCUUUAUGGAUGGGAAUCAGCUUUUCGACAUAAAGUGUUGGGUGCGCGAGCCAAGGAACUGAAUGUGUUGAGGCGAAUGGGGGUCUUGGAAGCUAUCAUGAGUGUGGUCUUUGCCUCUAGCUCUGCCGUAAUUAGCCUUAUGACCUUUGGAGUCUAUAUGGCUAUUGGCCAUGGCACCUUAACACCCAAGGUCGUCUUUGUAAGUAUCUCUCUUUUCAAGCUGAUACACGAGCCUAUUAACCGGUUGGCAGAAGGAACAUCGGAUACGAUCAGUUUGAUUGUCUCUACAAAGCGUAUUCAACGUUUCUUGCUGCGAGAGGAAAUUGACGAGACGCAGGUCACGCGUGAGAGUCGUGAAGGCAUAAACAACACUGGGAUUGCUAUCCAACUAAAAAACGUUGACUUGUCUUGGACUUCCGGAAAGCAUACUGUUCUGGAAGAGGGUGUUGAAGAAGAUGAAGGCAGUGAUGAAAAUCAACCACUGCUGCCUCAAGAUCAGAACCAUGGCGCCACCGACGGUUCUAAUAAUGACCAACCCUUUAAACUGACACUUCGAAACAUCAAUCUCACAGCUAUGGAUAAGACGCUGACAGCCGUAGUGGGUCGCGUAGGUCAAGGAAAGUCAUCAUUGCUAAGCGGCAUGAUUGGGGAAAUGUACAAGCUUCAAGGAUCUAUCACCAUCCGUGGAAGGGUUGCAUACGUCCCACAACAAGCUUGGAUUAUUAACGCCACGUUAAGAGAUAAUAUUGUUUUUGGCAAUGCUUAUGAUCCAGAACGGUAUCAUGAAGUGAUCUGUGCCUGUGGACUGGAACUCGAUUUAGCUGUUCUCCCCGCAGGCGAUAUGACCGAGAUUGGAGAGCGCGGUAUCAACCUGUCAGGUGGCCAGAAGCAGCGCGUCUCGUUGGCAAGAGCCACAUACGAUAAUGCGGACGUGUACUUAUUGGAUGAUCCCCUGAGCGCUGUGGAUGCGCAUGUAGACCAGCAUCUUUGGAAUAACCUGAUUGGGCCCACGGGGAUGCUCAGGGACAAGACUCGGAUCCUUGUCACUCAUGGAAUCCACCAUCUGGAAAAUGUGGAUCAAAUUGUGGUCAUCAAGGAUGGCGAGAUUACUGAACUUGGAAAGUAUAGUGACUUAAUGGCAGCUGGGGGAUCGUUCUACCAGCUAAUCAAUGGAUAUUCCGCUAAGCGCAAGCGCGUUAAGAAGCGCGGAAGCAGUAAUAGGGCAGCAGUAGAAUCUGCAGAUGCAACAUCAGCUACAGCAGCAACAACAAAAUGCAUUGAGCUCGUCCAGGCAAACGACAAUACUACAGUAGGAGACCUGGUAGAUAACAGUGGGCUCGAUUGGGAUAAUAUUACAAUGGAAGACGAUGAAGGUGAGGUGUCACAAGAGGAUGACGAAUCUAAAAAGCAAACAGCAGCAACGGCAACAGCAAUUGGGAAGGAUCAGGAGGAUGAAGCAGAUGAACUGAUUGCAGAAGAGGUUAUGAAAAAAGGUGGAGUUGAGUGGAAGUUGGUAAAGACUUAUGUUAAGGCCUGUACACUACAGGUCGUUUUGGCGAUCAUUUUUAUCUGUGUGGCGGCAGAAGCUUGUCAAGUUGGAUUUAGUCUCUGGCUAAAGUACUGGACCUCCAAAUCCGAUGAGGAGCUUCAAGGAUCUCUAGUUUUAUUCUUAGGCGUUUAUUUCGCCAUGGCUUUGGUAUUUGUGGCUCUUUACAUUCAUUUUGUGUAUCUGUCUCUGGCUGUGGCUCGUAUCCGAGCAUCGGAACUGAUCCAUCAAAAUCUCAUUUCGACAGUGAUUCGACUUCCCAUGAACUUCUUUGAUACAACACCACUGGGCCGCGUUUUGAAUCGGUUCUCAGGCGACUUGUACUCGAUCGAUGAGAAUUUACCCUGGAAGUUCGUAGAUUUGCUCUAUCUGAGUACUACUGUUGCUGCAACAUUCAUGGUUAUUGGGUUCACGACUCCUGCCUUCAUCAUUAUGAUCCCAAUUAUCGCAGCAUUCUUUAUCCUAAUCUCGAGACGAUUCCUCUGGGCGACUCGGUCACUCAAAAGGAUCUGGUCUGUGUCUUUCUCGCCUAUUUAUCAGCACUUUGACGAGUCCCUCAAUGGGGUUUCGACUAUCCGCGCUAUGGCGAUCCAGAAACAAUUCAUUGAAGAAAGUGAUCAGCUUACAGAUCACAAUGCGAAUGCAUUCUCAGCGUACAUGUAUUGCAAUCGCUGGGUCGAUUUCCGCCUUCAGAUACUCAGCGCUGGUAUCUCGUUCUCAGUGGCGCUCUCGGGCGUUUUGGCGCGGUACACGGUUGAUCCUAGCGCCAUUGGCCUCUCACUCAAUUUCGCGUUGGGUGCCGCUGAGAAUAUCAUGUGGCUCUGCAGGGAUUACACAGAGUGGCAGUCUCAUCUGGUUGGGGUUGAGCGUGUGCAAGAGUACACAGACAAGUAUACAGAGGCUCCUGAGCAUACAGAUAAAAGCAUACCAGAUCAAUGGCCUGAUAAAGGACGCAUUGUCUUCAAGAAUUACUCCACUCGAUACCGUGAGGGGUUAGACUUGGUGAUUAAGAACUUAUCCUUCGAGAUCCAGCCACAAGAAAAAGUCGGGAUCGUAGGCAGGACUGGGGCAGGCAAAUCAUCACUGACAUUGGCAUUGUUCCGAAUCAUAGAAGCCGCGAACAGUCAUUGGGCUCGAGCAAGCGACAAUACCGGAUACCACAUUCGGUCACUAGAGCCUGAAAGUGAACAGCAGACUCUUCUCCGUGGGCGAUCUGAACCAAAUCUGCCACAUUCUGGCCAUUAUGAUGACGACGUUGAUGACGAUGGCAACCAAAACCAGAGCGAGGAAAUGGAUGGUGGAUCGAUUGAAAUUGAUGGGGUAGAUAUUUCGACAUUGGGGCUUGUGGAUCUACGCAAGCAUCUAGCCAUUAUCCCUCAGGACCCUACUCUUUUUGCGGGUACCAUCCGUGACAAUCUGGAUCCGUUUCAAGAAGCAUCCGAUCAAAGUCUCUGGGAGGCACUGGAGCGCGCACACCUGAAGGAUCACAUUCGGUCCUUACCUGGUGGCUUAUCUGCAGAGGUUAUUCAAAAUGGUGAAAACUUUUCUGUUGGACAACGAUCAAUGAUCUGUUUAGCCCGAGCAUUGCUUCGUAAGUCCAAAAUCUUGGUUCUGGACGAGGCGACAGCGGCUGUAGAUGUGGAGACAGAUGAGUUGAUUCAAAAGACUAUCCGAGAGGAAUUCAAGGAUCGAACAGUAUUGACGAUUGCUCAUCGGAUCAAGACCGUGAUGGAUUCGACCAAGGUCUUGGUGAUGGAAAAGGGAGAAGUGAUAGAAUAUGACACACCCGAGAGACUAUUGCAGCGACCCGAGUCCUUAUUCUUCAAGUUGGCACACCAGGCGGGUGAAAUCACGACAUUGACACAAAAAUAAAAGUAUUCGUACAUGAAUAAAUAUUUAGCCAUUCCCAGUCUGAGGGUAGAGCCGCUCCAAUUCAUGAUGAUCUCUGCUCUUCCUAUCUCAAAGCAAAGCGUCUCUUUUCCUGUUUCGAGAUUAUUCCGUUUGAUCUGGUAAAAUGGUAACGCUGGACCGCUUUCUUCGGUCGUGUAUAUGCAUGUGUAUAUAUGCGGUACAUAAUGGGCAAGUAUACGACCCGCUCUAAUAAAUU